CGCUGGGCUGUGUAGCAAUGGGUGCACUGGGGUGCUCCCAGUUGAUGUGGCAGAGGAGAUGCUGUGGUAGAUACAGCUACAGUGUGGGAUUUCGGAGCCUGAUGUUCACUUGGUGGAGCUCGGCUACGACCUUGAUCGAGUCACCUACCCCUCCGUGCCCACCAGUUACAGCCAAGACUGCUUUCCUGUUUAUCUUACCUCAGUAUAACGUUAGCAUGCCUACAGCAGAUGGGGAGCUGGUCCAGUAUCACUAUGGGCUGAAGGAUCUGGUCACCAUCCUCUUCUACAUCUUCAUCGCCAUCAUCCUGCAUGCAGUGGUGCAGGAGUAUGCCCUGGACAAAAUCAACAGGCGCCUCCAUCUCUCCAAGGUCAAACACAGCAAGUUCAAUGAAUCAGGACAGCUGGUUGCCUUCCACUUCACCUCCGUGAUCUGGUGCUUGUACGUCGUGGUGACGGAAGGAUACAUAUCAAACCCCCGGAGUUUGUGGGAAAACUACCCACAUGUUUAUCUUCCAUUCCAGGUGAAGUUUUUCUACCUGUGCCAGCUGGCGUACUGGCUGCACGCCCUGCCGGAGCUCUACUUCCAAAAAGUUCGCAAGGAGGAGAUCCCCCGCCAGCUGCGGUGCAUCGCACUCUACCUGGCGCACAUCGCCGGCGCCUACCUCCUCAACUUAACCCGCUUGGGGCUGAUCCUCUUGCUGUUGCAGUACUUAGCCGAAUUCUUCUUCCACAUGGCCCGGCUGGUCUACUUCACGGAUGAGAACAACGAGAAGCUGUUUAACGUCUGGGCUGUCGUGUUUGUGGUCACCAGGCUCUUCACACUCACCCUGUACAUCCUGGUCAUUGGCUUCGGGCUGCCGCGGGUGGAGAACCAGGCCCUCGACCCCGAGAGAGGGAACUUCUUCAGCUUUCUCUUCAACAAUAUCCUCUUCAGAAUGAGUGUGCUGCUGUUGGUGUGCCUCUUCCAGGCCUCGGUGAUGUGGCGCUUCAUCCACUUCCAGCUGCGGCGCUGGCGGGAGUACUGGAACGAGCAGAGCAGUCGGAAGCGAGCUGCUGCCGGCGCCAAGCAGCAAGCCAAGCCGCUCAAGAGGGACUCGGGUUACCAUGAAAAUGGAGUGGUAAAAGCGGAGAAUGGCACCUCACCGCGAACCAAGAAGCUGAAAUCGCCGUAGAAGCAAAGGUUUGUCUCCUGGGGAGGAGGGCGAGAUACCGGGACUAAGAAGCAGCCCCUCCUCCUGGUCCUCACGAGCAUCAUCCUGAACGGCUUGGAAACCGGUCGUCUUCCCAAGGUGUCUCUCGCUCUUCUCCCUUCCUUUCUUAUUCUCUUGAACCAUUUGCAAUAAAACCAAAAAGGUCCCUUUUCCUUGCUCCCUUCCCCUCAUAGGAGCCUUUUCCAACCCUCCUGGUUUUGCCUUCCUCUGUUUCAUCGUAAAUCAGCGUGCAAUUUUUUUUCUUUUCUAUUUUAGUGUUUGGUUAUUUUGCAUUAUUGUUACAAAUGCAUCGUAGAUGGUUCCAAACAAUCCUUUUUUUCUUCUACAGCAUGUUCCUCCCUUCUCUCUGUGGUGCUUCCCUGAGCCCCAGGGUCAGGGCCACGGCAGCUUGAAGGCACCACGUGUCUGUUAUGGGAACAGGCUCCUGGGGGAAUGCGCUGGGGCUCUGUGACCCUGAGGCUCAGGGGUGCUUUUGGGCGAGGGUUGCCUCUCCUGGGGCACAUCUGGCCAGCACUUGGCAAGUGCCACAGGGUGGUGGUGCUGCAAAUAGAGACCAGGGUCUGAGGGAGGAACCUCAACUGUGUCUUGUCUCAUGGUGGACUUCUGGUUAAGUGGGGUUCCUCUGACCCCUCGUUUUGUGCUAAUUUUGGAGAGCCGGGCAACAGAUGAGGGAAAGAAGUUCCCUCUUCAUAUAGGACCCGUCUCCUGGGCUUUGCUUGCCCCAGCUCUUCUGGUACAGCUGGGUCCCUCUCACCCUCUUGUCUGCAGGAGGUGAGCUGCCCCAUAGUUCUUCUGGACCUCCCAGCCCCAAGAGCUGGGCUCAGGGCUCUGCAGCUCACGGUGCCUUGUUGUGGGGCAGCAGCAUCCUCAGGUCCAUGUGAAACCUUGAGUCCUGCCCUGCUCUGAGCGCUGGCCUGGCUCCCGUCAGCCCAGGCCCUUUGCCAGCUUGUGUGUGCCUUGUGGACCUGGUGCUCCUGUGGCUCAUGACUGUGUCCAGAUGACAAACUGGGCUGCUGCAAAGGGGUUUUGCAUCAAUGGGACUGUGCCCCUUUGCUGUCACCUUAGCCUUUCUUCCCCCCCCCAGCCGUGCCAUCGGCAGCCACCAGCUUCACUCUUUGUUUCCAAAGGAUACAGAGCUUGUAUCCACCCAAGGUGCUAUCAAAUGCAGGUUUUUUUCCAAAAACCCUAGCCCCUUCAUCCCUUUCUGAGCUGUGAAUGAGAUGACAGGGAAGGGGAAGGAAGCCGGGGCUGCAAGGAGCAGCUUGCAUAUUAGGAAAAGCCUGACCUGUGACGCAUAGCUGUUGGCAGAUGUUGUCGUCUCAAAUCUACCUCAGAGGCCAUCUGUUGCUGCAGACCACUUUCCCCCCUUGCUCCUGCCUGCUGCCACCCGUACGUGGUGGCAGGAGAUCCAUGGGAACCCCAGAUCCCAUCGGCUCAGUCCCCUGCUGCCUCUGCUGGGGAGAGCGUCUCCUGCCCGAGGUUUUGUGGGUCAGUGCCAGCUUGCUGAGCUCCUUCGGAGUGCCGCGCUCCAGCCUAGAUUUGGUAGGCGUGCAGUAGAUGGGCACCUCUCACCCCACAGCUCUCCUCCAGGGCAGGUUCUGUAGCUGGGCUUUGCUGUUGGUGCCUCUUGUGCAGCAAAGCCGGCUGUAGCUUUCGUUCUCCUUUGCCGGGGCAGGAGCAGGCGAGGGGUGUGCUCCCUUAGGUAGGGGAGAAGAGGGCGCACAGGGUUGCGGGGCGCUCCGGUGCUCUUCGAUACGCAAGCCAGGGUUGAGGUCCACCUUCCUCAUGGGUGGGGGGGGGCACGUGGUCCUUAGUGUGCCUCCUGCUCAGCCCUUGGGGCAGCCAAACUCUGGCUCUCUCAGAGUGCAAUUCUAGCUUGAGGCUGGUGCAGUCGUCCCUUGCAUCGUUUGUGCUUUGGGGAACAGGUGACGGUUGAUUUUCUGCCCCUCUUUGAGGUGGGUGAGGUUUUUUUCCUCCUUCUGUAGGUGUCUUUUCUCCUUUCCUCCCCUUCUCCUUGUUGAGCCCCAGCUAGCGCUGGGCACUGGAGGAAGAAAAUGUGCAGGGACUUGAGGACAGUUGGUCAAAUUCCAUUUGUUCCUCCAUCCCCACAACCUCUGAGUCCCAAACAAGAGGACUCCGGGAGAGGGAUUCCCCCUUUUUCGGGGGAACUGAGGAAGGAGACUUUGGAGCAGAGCCCUUGGUGGUAUCUUGCAAUUGCUCCUCAUAGCCCUUGCAGGGUAGAUAAUACACAUUUUGGCUGAGAGGCAGUGACAGUACCUGUAGUGCAAUGUGACAAAAGGGGAGGAAAAAGAGCUUUAUGUUAGGGAGGACAUGGAAAAGGUCUAGCGCGAGAGGUUUUUCCGUUCUCCUGCCUCUUCCCAUCCCCAGCCAUCCACUGCCAUGUGCCCUCCGAGAGCGACUGCUGGCCGGCAUCUCCCCGAGCCUCAGCCGGUCCUUUCUGCAAAGCCGGUGCCUGGCAGCAGCUGAGGUAUUGACUCUGUUAACAGGUGACACAUGCAGUCCCCCAAAAAACCUGGCUGCUGAAUGAUUCCUCCUCCUGCCUGCUUGGCUUCAGGCAGCUUUUCCACUUGCACAAUCCUGCGCCUUCAUAAAGUAGCUAAUGAUGCUUUGUAUCCCAAGUGCCUUAUGUUGCCACGUAGGCUCUCGUAGGCUUGAUCUGUGUACUAUAUCAGUAGCGGAACGCCCUCCCUCUUUACAAUGUAUGUACAACAUAUGCUACAUUUAUGUGGGGUUUUUGUUUUCUUUUUGGUAGAGCUACCAGUAAAAGGGACAGUUUGUUUUGGAAGCAUUUCCAUGCGUUCUCUUUUUUUUUUUUUUUUUUUUUUUAACCUAUAGAUGAUGGGGCUUUUUUAUUGUUUGCCCUUCGCUACCUUUAGUCCUCAGAAAUCCCCAUCCUUCUCCUGUUAUGCCCAAGUGUGGCAGGAUCCCUGGGAUCUUUUGGGUUUUUUCCUCUUUUUUUGAGCUGAGCCUUUGCUGUAAGGCAAUAUGCGCUGUCAUCCCAGAGCUCUGCGAUCCACCCCCCAUUGGAGGGGCUGCCACGGGCUGCUUCUGUCUCUGUCUUGUAGGGCGAGCACCUUCCGUCGGCUGCAAGCCCGCAGUAACUGCUUCUACGUCCGUGUCAUUUCUCAGCAGACCGAGCCUUCUCUUCAGCCCAAAGAGCUUUUUCCUUCUCAAAUGGAGUAUUUGCAUUGCAAGCCCUCGGUGGUCAGUCUUUCCUUGACCGCUCUGCCUACAUAGAUGCCGAGAGCCCACUUCCCUUGAGUGGGUGAUCUUCUGGGUGCCCCAUCUUAGCAAGCCCUGUGUCUUCUCCAAAAAAAA